AUGAACCAGCAUUACGAUCAGACACGCGAUAUGGGGAUACAGGACUUCUUCACAUGGCGCCAAAAAUCCGCCACCACCACUCCAGACGUGGCAGACGAGGACGUGCCAGCAGAAGUCGAUGAGCCACCAGAUAAUCAUCUCCGACUUCCUCAAUCUAAUACCGACUUCCAAAAGUCUCUGGUUCGGCCCCAGAGCACCCGCAAGGAGUCUCUUCUGACGAAGGCAUUCCAUGCGCCAGAGGAGAUCGAGACCUCCAAAACCACUGUUAGCAUUACAAAGGACCUGACACGUCGGCGAUCUAUGAUGAGCAAUGCCAGCAUUGCGUCGACCGCAGAGCUCACGAGCGAUGGUGGUCUUACAAGUCCCGCACGAACAAAUACGCCCAGUCCUCCGUUCCCCAACACCACCUACACGAAUUUUGCCCCGUAUCUCUUGAAGCCCGCGCCCAUGGCUGCAUGUACAAAAACAAUCGGCCAUACUCCUCUGUCGGAAGUGAUUAGCAUCUCGCCAAGGGCUCAGCCUGCUGUGGAGGUACCAAGGAAGAGAUGCAUAUCGUUCAUGUGCGACGGAAAUAAAGAGGCAGGUGGUAACGCGAAGAAAGAUGCAGCAUUCAAAGAGGUGGGGGAGAAACCCGUCACUUCAACACUAGCUGUUGUUGAAGAACCAAAGCCGAGGAGGUCUACGAUCAAAUUCGCCUGUUCGGGGCCACAACCAAGGGCAGCUGCCGAGGAACCUACUCCUGCCUCCCAGAACAAGCCCUCGGAGAAUCCUAGACGACCUUCGAGCCGAUCGCCUUCGCUUCCGAGGAAAUCAUCCCGCCAGGCCUUACCUGCUCGUGCCACUCACCGUGACUCGACCGGUACUGCUCGAAGAGCCUCGCGAAGUCCAGUGGCCAUCCGAAUCAAGCCACGAUACAUCGUCGCCGACGAAACUACCAUUAACAAAUCCGAAGCCACUCGAUUCCACGAGUUCGCAAGUGAGGAACUGCAGGAAGAUGACUGGAUCAGCAAGGACGCCGAGAUUACCACCAGAGCUAAGCUGACAAUUGGCGAUACUUUAAAGAAGGAGAAUGCCAUUCGCCAGCUCGGUACUGAAGCCGAGGAGGAGGCAUUGGAGGAGGAGGAGGAAGAAGAAGAGGAAGAAGAUCUGGAGGAUAUCGAUGAAGGCGAUGCGAGUGGUUCUGACGACGAAAACGACGACGACGACGACGGGGAUGAAGAUGACGACCAAGAGACCACCUACGACUCCGACGAGGAUGCAUCUGAUGGCAACGAGUCCGACAACGAAGCCGGAUUUGCGGAUUCUGACGAGAGCGAUGCCGAGGGGGAGUUCUCGUUCUGGACCCCAGGAAAAAGGGCAACCGGCAGAGAUUCCUUGGAACAUGCAGCUUAUCGUCCUUCGGCUCACCGUACAGCUUCAACAUCGUCAAUCGAUUCUCUGAAUCACAUGGAGCCUGACAGAGGAGCACGCAAACCCAGACGGCGCCCUAUCAAGAUCCGUCCUGGAACCCCAGACCUACCCGACAGUACCGACUUCGUAUGUGGUACUCUGGACGAGGAUCGCCCCCUGGAAGAAGCCUAUGUGUCCUGCAUGGAGGCUAGGAGAAAUGCCAAACACAAGCAGACACCCCAGGACAUCGAUCCUAGCUUCCCAACUUCCGAUCCAGAGGACGGAGAGGACGACGAUGAUGUGGUGGACACUGCUCAUGACAGCGAGGAGCCAGUCUGGCUGCAUGGCAGAUUUGAAGAAUCGGACGAUGACCAAUAUGGCCGUCAUCGUUCCACAACUCUACGUCGCAGGUCCCCGGGUCUUUCCCCAAGGCGACUUCACUCACCGCCACCAGCUCGGAGACUGCACUCGCCGCCGCUUCAGAAGCAAAGACUUCAUUCCCCGCCUCCACCAAAGCAUCGUCUUCGCUCACCACCUCCGCGGAAGCUCUUCGGGCACUCCCCCAAGCGAAUGUCUCCUCCCCUGGCUCAGAAUGCUCAAUCGCCAGAUGCAUCACCAAUCUCUGCCAAGGGUAUCAAAUUUGCACCCCUCGGAUCCCGUCCUGGACUCACACACACCAAGUCUCUGCCACGCACCCCGAAUGCGUUCUGCCGUCAAUACAGAGCCUCGCGUCUGAUAGCCGCCAACGGCAACGAAGGCAAGGAUAAUGUGAGCGGUCACGUGCGUGGAGCCAUCGAUAUUGUGAAGGGGUUGGAGGAGAAACGUCGACGUCGCAAGGAUAAACUCCAGCAAAAACAAUGCAAUCGCAAGAAUAAGUCCGAGCGAAGACCGCCUCUGCCUGGGAGAGGUGCCGAGCGGAUGCGGGAAGUAGGACUCUUGAUGGCCGCAAAGAGCGGUAAACAGGAUCCUUACAUGUUGUCUGCUUAG